UCCAAUCCGUAGACAUACAGAUCUUGAGUUUGAUCAUAAAAAACCCACAAAUCCAACGAUAUGUUCAAAGAUCCGGCUAGAAUUUGAGAGAGCGUAUCGACCAAGACAUGGACGGGUCUGGGAUGGAGACGGGCAAACUAGAUGAUACUGAAAACGAAAGAAGGUCCGUUCUGCUAUCAAGGUUACUGGAAAGGGAGUUUUUACUGACACAAGAGGCAGUGGACAUCAAGCGGAGAACUCUACUGAUGUCCGAAUGGCUGUCAAAUGAUGAAGACCGUAAUAUGCAUGAAUUUAAAGCCGGAAGUCGUUCGGAGGGAGUUGAUAUGGUAGAUUCAGAUAAUGAUAUACUAUUUACAGACCGUCUUGUAACAGUAUUAUACCCUGACCAGUAUGUUCCUCAAAACAGCUCACCCAGGACCAUUCUGUUUAUGAAAGAGGCCCAUGACUGUCGACCUGGCUUUGUGUCUUUAAAGAUAGGUCAGUUAGGAAAGAGAGGUCGCCCAGCACUAUUAGACGCUAUCAUACAAAAGGGCGAUACGUAUUUCGUUUCAAGUGAUAUCUACAGAGAACAAUGCAGCAAUUUAUUAACAAAAAAAGGCAUAAAAUCCUUUCCAAAUGGUCCAAGCAACACAGUUAACAUGCUUACAGGUACUGACUCUGUCAUUUGCUUUCCAUGUAACAGUUGGCCAAAGGUGGCUAAUGAGUGGCUAACACGUACGCGACUGUAUGGCUGGCCAAGUGAAAAAUUGAUCAACAGCAUUGGACAAAGUGGCUGUCACAUUGUCCCAGUAGGUGACAAAUGCUCAUCACAUGACACACUUUUACAAUGGAGGGUAUCUUUUGUAGCAGCAGAGCGUCGUUUAGUCCACUCCCUUAGUCACAUCCAAUUCAAAGUUUAUGUUCUGUUGAAAUACUUCCUAAAACAGAUUAAAGGAACAUUAAAAGACACCGUUGGGGAUGACGAUAUAUUGUGCUCAUAUUUCAUGAAAAUACUCAUAUUUGUUGCGGUUGAAAAUACCAGUCAAAGAUUCUGGCAGGAAAGAAACUUCUUCCUCUGUUUCUGGUUUUGCUUCAACAUAUUGAUCGAUUGGGUAUUGGAAGGUUACUGUCCAAAUUAUUUCAUUCCUGCCCACAACAUGUUCCAGAGGAAAGUUCACGGACAACACCAACGAAAGUUACUUGAGAUUUUAAACAACUGUCACAGGAUGAAAUGGAUGUGUUUUCCUCAUCUUUUGAAAAGUCUCUCUAAUCCAAGGACCCAAGCCGAACUUCAGCACCCUCGUGAUUCACAAGACAUUGACUGUGGUGUAGAUAUAACAGUCAUAAACGCGUUACGCAGAGCUGGUCCCAUUAACCGAAAUGUCUUGAAAACGAUGGCAAAGACUCUUCAUUUGCUGUCAAAGUCACAGACAGAAAGUGAGGAGAUAAUCACGUAUACAUAUGCGAUGAACACACUUUCUGAAAUAGCACGGAUUCGUGCUGAUCAGGGAAGCAUGGUAGAUGGUCAAGGCAACAAGUCGAGGUACAAAACUCUGAGAAAAUGUAAACACUGGUUGAUUCCAACGGCAUCGUUUGGCACAAACGUGUUGUAUCUAGCCACUUUCCACUUCCUGAUGGGAGACUACAAAAAGUCACUGGAGAUAUGCAUACAAGUGAUGCCUCUUGCAUCUAAUUUCAAGCAAAAUGUUUUGCACAAAUCAUCAGAAGAAAAAGCAAGAUACAUGCUCAAAUACACCGGACAAGGACAGACCUUACUAUAUAGAUGUAGGAAAGAAUUUAAAAACGUCUUAAUAUUUUUCAAGGAGGAACCUUGGAUGUGUCUUCCUCAUCUUCAUACAGAACUAUCGAAGUGCAACUAUAUCAUAACUAUCUGUCCAUUACCGUACGCUGUGUUCCUGUUGUUCAUGUGCUUUCACGAGCUUGGUGACACCCGAGGGCGUGAUGCUGCACUACGUCAACUGAGAGUGGUCAAGUAUGACCAUGAGCAGGGUGGACAUCAGAGCUGCUGGGUGCAUUACCUACUACAUAUCUGCUUCAAAACUUUAGGGGACAACCACAGGGCUGAUAGAGCCUAUCGGGAAGCAGAACUUGCAUCUGCUAGCAGGCGAUGGAGAAAAUAGCUAUGGUGUACUUUAGUGUGUUUCUUAUAUGGAGAGGAGAACAAAGGUGUAUCUAGUCUUUUAUUUACCUACAAGCCAUGAGCCAAAAACUUACGUUUUCUUUCCAAUCUGGCUCGUUGUUUUCUUGAAGGUUCAGUAAAUUUACAUAGAAUGAGUGGCCACUUUUCAGAACGUGUUAGAAAAUGGCUCUCUGUUUGGGAAAUGUAAAUAGAAGUCUGUAUUAUUAUGUCCUUUAUAGAAAGGAUAACGUUGGCGAAGCUAUGUACGAGUUCCAUAUGGAGAGGAUAAUGUGUUUCUUUUUAUUGUGCUGUACAGAGAAAUAAUACAUGAUGGAAUAUACCUUACAUUUGCUGACGUAAAUAUUCAAUACACGUUCUUUUUAAAGCUGAAAGAAUCCAUGCAAAUAAUCGUUGUAAAAAAACACACUACAAAUUCACGGGAAUCAUGCUAAAAUGCGAACAACCAACUACUCUCUUCAUUUGCGUUUAUUGAACCAGCAAUCAAUAUUAAAUACUCUGUUGAGAGGUUUUAGUUUUCUUGUUCAAUGACCACGUGCAGUGUUCAAUACGGCAGUGUUUCUUUUAAACAUUAACUUAAAUAGUGUGUUCAGUAAAUGAAAACUCUUUGUCCAGAUCAGAGAGUAUUGUUUCUUGUGUUGUAUUGUUUUUACUAAUCGUGCUGAAUUGCUAAUAUGUUCAUAUAUCGUAGAGACGCGAUAUUUUGGCAGAGUCCAUGACGCCAUUUUAUGUUGAUGUUUCCUCAAUUCCUGAUUUUGUUUCUUUUAUCGACUCUGUAGCCGUUACAUUUGAUCAUAACGUAUAUAUUUUAAGUAAAGUAAUUCCAUUGAAAUAACUUUUAAACCUUUUAUAUUUCACACGCUGAUGUCAGAUUUAUAUACAUGCAUCAGUUGUUAGAGACUGUUCAUUGAUACUUUUACCGUCACGCAUGCAGGACGGUACAAUGAUCAGAAACUGAAAAGUAUGUUAUAUAAAUAAGAUACCUUGUCGUUCAACCGGAAGCUGUAUAUAGAAUAGGCCCCAGUUUCACGAGUUCGUAAAUUUUGUUUCUUAAGAUUUUCCACAGGAAAAAAUUAUUGAAAUCAAUACAUUUUCUUUCAUUAAAAAUAGUUAUAACAUGAAGUUAAGAAAACUGGGGUCACAUCAGAUACCAACUGCAGAGAUACGAGAACAAAUCACAGUAUAGAUGUUUGUUCUAUUUUGUAACGUGAGAGUACCCAGAUAGAAACAUUCUAAAGAAAGCUAUCCUCAUUUCCGAUUUAGAAGUCGGAACAUCAAUUUUAUUAUUCAUAUAAACAGCACAUGUGUCUGUUGAUUGAUGUCAGGUUCACCUACUCCAACAAUGUUAGAGGUUUCCACGGCGAGAUACUCUCAGUCGUCAAAAUCAUAUCCGAUAGAAAAAAAGGCCGACCAGCGGCCUCUUAUGUUAUAGGAGUAGCGGGAUACCCAAAACGGAACACCAUAUCCUAUUCUUAUUUCGUCCUUCUAGGACUCAUCGGAUAUACUAAAGGGCAAAAAGUUGGAAUUCCCAAUAGGUCUCACCUACUGUUAAGACAUAAGGGGAGGUGCAUAAAAUCCCUUAACUUAUGAAUUUCAAACACUUGAGUACUGGUUAUUUUCAAAUAAUUUGAUAAAGUGUAUACAAAGGUAAAAUAUCAAUUUACUUAAAACUUGAAUACAAUUUUGGAUUUUAAAAAUAUCUUGCUAUUGUAAGAAAUUCCACUUGAAAGUGUUGUCAUAAGCUAUGUAUUGAAGUUGGAAGAUACCAGAGCCGGGAUGAUAGGCAUAGUAUCGUCAGAUAUUUAAUUAUUAAUAAGAUAUUGGAGAAACCAUAGAAUGUCAUAAACAAUUAAAAACUGUUACAAUGAUAUUUUCAUUUGGGAAUUUUUACAAGAAAAAUUGCCAUAACAUAUCAUUGUUCAACCAAAUCAUUGAAUAAAUCAUCUUGA